UUUGCUUUGGCCCCUUGCGCCUAGAAAUGGGGAGCUCCUCCGCCGAGGCCAGGGUUUCUGUGGAUCGCGAUUGCGAGUGCAUCCAUUUUCAUUUCCGUUUUCCUUGCCAUGCUGCUGCGCCGGGGAGAAUGAAGCAUCUCGUGAGCUUUAGUUCUCUCAAUCGCUUGCUUCUUCUCAAUCAUGUCUUUGAUCUCUAUCACUGCCUGAAAGAGAGAAGCUCUUCGUUAGCGUAGCGAGUUUUGUUCCUGCUCGCCGAUCACGCAGCAAUGUAUGCGUCGCCAAGGAGGAUUUUGGUGGUCGUGGAUGCUUCCAAGGAUCAACUCAUUUCUUCGCAAGCUCUCACUUGGACGCUCAAUUCGUUUGCUCGGCCCGACGAUGUGAUCAGGCUGCUUGGUGUUCUUCUCCAGCCGGCCAAAACUUCGCAAGCAAUGAGACUGGGACACAAGUCCCGAGCUGAUCUCGAUCCAGAUGUUAUAUCUGCUGCGAACGAGGACAACUUUGCUAAGCUCAAAGAAAAUUCCCAGGUUGCUCUGAGCUUCGCCAUUAUUCGAGGGUUUCAAGCGAGAAAUGUAUUACUCCGGGAUGCAAAGGUUUUUGCUCCGACAUGGAUUGUUAUGGACAGGUUUAUGAAGAAGGAAGUUACAUAUAUCAAUGAGCUGCUGGAGUGUAACUUGGCAGUCAUGGAUAAGCACGGGAAAGGACGCGUCGUGAAACUCGUCACUCCCGAUAAAUGCGAUGUGGACUCCAGUGAUCUCUUUGAGCUAGAGGUUCCACUCGGUCUGACUAGCAUGGACUCCUGCACCGACCACAAGCGCAAAGUGGAUUCUUCGCCGGAAAACAACAAUGCAAAUCAGCGCAGCGCUGCUUCUGCAAACGCACCAGCUGUUAGUGGUGAAGCCACUGACAGUACUACAUUCGCAAGUGAACUCGUGAAAUCCAACGGCCAGGUGUCAACAACAGACUCCGGUUUCAUUGCAGAAGAGUCUGCAGCUCUUGGAUCAAGAUCAUUUCGAUGCUUUCUGAAGCUCAGUCCCGAUAAGAACUCACCGCAAGGUAGCAUAGAGGCAGUCUCGGAUCGGCCAAGCUGCGGCAUGGUUCCUAUUUCUGUACAGCCAGACCGCCGAUCGGAGAUGCUGGAGCUCUUAGGCGGGCCCAACGAGCUCGAAACCAAGCUUUUCGAUAGUUAUGUCGAGGAAUCAUCAAUGUUGCUAGGAAGCAAGUUGCACCAAGAAGCCGGCGGCAACGAGGAAGCAUUUUUAAAGGACGUGGUUAGUGAUCUGGAUCGUUGCUUCAGUGUGGUCGAGAACCAUGAGGCCAAAGGAGCGUCAGGAAAUCAAGGGGCAGCCCCGCUUUGUCAUCUGUGCAACAACAAGUCACCACGUUUUGGAACGCAACCAAUCGUGUUUUCGUUCAGUAAGAUCGAAGAGGCGACGAAUAAGUUCUCCAAGGAGAACUUGGUGGCCGAAGGCGGCUUUGGAUUUGUCUACAAAGGCGUCCUCUCAGAUGGGCAGCUGGUUGCUGUAAAGCAACACAAGCUCGCGAGCAGGCAGGGGGACAGGGAAUUCAAGGCCGAAGUUGAAGUUCUUAGUAGUGCUCAACAUCGAAAUCUGGUAACUCUGAUUGGUUACUGCACCGAAGGUGGCCGGAGAAUCCUCGUUUACGAGUUCGUCUGCAAUGGCUCGCUGAAUAAACAUCUCUCCAGAAAGAAUCCGAAGCCACUUGACUGGCCCUCAAGACAGAAUAUCGCCUUGGGAGCAGCCAGAGGGUUGCGUUACCUCCACGAAGAAUGCCGCAUCGGAUGCAUUGUUCAUCGUGACGUGAGACCAAACAACAUUCUUGUGACGCACGAUUUCACUGCACUGGUGGGAGACUUUGGCCUUGCAAGAUGGCAGGCACGUGGAGACACAGCGGAACAAACUCGCGUCAUUGGCACGAUCGGGUAUGAAGUAUCAUCCGUUUUCAUGUGUCUUCACGAGCUGAUUUUCUCUUUUCCAAGGUACGUAGCUCCCGAGUAUGCCGAGACAGGACAGAUUACCGAAAAGGCAGAUGUUUACUCCUUUGGAUUGGUACUUCUAGAGAUCAUAACCGGCCGUCCUGCGUUUGAUAGCUACCAGCAACCGGGGCAGCAGCAUCUACCAGACUGGGCAACACCUUUUCUGGCAGCACGCGCCGCCCAUGAACUUUUAGACGAGAGAAUCGACGAGUCCUCGGUCGACGAGUACGAGCUUAUCAACAUGGUGACGGCAGCCAGCCUUUGCAUCCAAAAGGACCCGAGCAAAAGGCCCAAGAUGACCCAGGUGGUCAGGUAUCUCGAAGGAGACGACAGGGAGACUACUCCAUUGUCGCCUCUUGUCGACCACAAUGCCAACUUGGAGCUCCUGGUGCCAUCCAAGCCCGUCCCCCCGCGCACUUCUGUACAGUUCCUCCUUCCUAUCUUUGACAAGAUGCUCGAGGAAAUCAAGCCCAGGGCCCCGAGGAGAUCGAGCAUUUCCUAUGAUGAGAUGCUGUGAGAGCACUGGGAGAGCAAAUCUUUGUACAUAGUCGUGUACAAAACUUAAUUUCAUUAUUUAUAGCCUCUCAUUCAAUAACUUGGUUUGAAUGCUA